CCCACCGUCCCCCUUCCUCCCUCCCUCACCCCACCAUACUCCUCUUCUGGCUCACACCGGUAGUUGUCAUGGCGAUGGAGUCAGCCUCGGCGUCGACUCCCGGGGUUGUUGCCAUGGAGAUUCCGGUGCGAGGUGCGCUCCCGGUGGUGGAAGAAGACGAGGGCUACAGCGCGCCGCCACCACCGCCGCCGGGGUCCGAGGAACGACUACGGUAUCGCCGAGGAGGAGGGAGAAGGCGGCGCGGGGUUCCGUUCGACCGGGGCAGCUACUACAUGCUGAUAGUGAUCGGCGAGAUCAGCACAGAGCACCAGCUGGACGCCGCCAAAGCGCAGAUAGAGCGGGGAAUUCGAUCCUGGGACGUCGACCUCAAGCGCUGCGACCUUGAUCAGCAGCUGCAGCUAUUUAUAACUCGCCACUCUGCCCACUUCUCCUCCGAGGUCAGAGGACAAAGAACUCUUCACCACAGAAGUGAUGUCCUAGAGACUGUGGUGCUUGUCAACCCUUCUGAAGACACUGUAGUAUCAGAGAUCCAGUCUCUAGUCACAGAUUCAGCAGGACACAAGCUUCUGGUCUUGAGUGGCCAGAGUUCAGAUCACGGUGGCCUUCUUCUUCAAAGUGGGGUUUUCACCUACCAGACCUUUUCAUGUGUCUUUGCUGAUCCUGGGGUCAGUAAUUUACUGGGCACAGCAGCCCCCAAGCAGCAGGCUACACUUACUGUGUCCUGCCGUGGGGAGGUGGGCUGGAGCUCCCUGGGACAGCAGCAGACCCUGCGGGAGUUCCUGGAAUACAAGCUAAACCCUGACCCUGUUCUCCCCAAGAUGGAGGGCGUCGCCGAAUUCACAGAGUACAUCUCUGAGACGGUGGACGUCCCUUCACCUUUUGACCUCCUGGAGCCACCCACCUCUGGAGGCUUCCUGAAACUGUCCAAGCCAUGUUGCUACAUCUUUCCCGGUGGACGUGGAGACUCUGCUCUCUUUGCUGUAAACGGCUUCAACAUCUUAGUGGAUGGAGGCUCUGAGCGAAAAUCAUGCUUCUGGAAGCUGGUUCGUCACUUGGACCGCAUUGAUUCUAUUCUACUCACACACAUCGGCGCCGACAAUCUCCCCGGUAUCAACGGGCUGCUUCAGAGGAAGAUAGCAGAGCAGGAGGAGGAGCAGUCUCAAGGCUCCACCAACUACAGCGACUGGAUGAAGAACCUGAUCUCUCCUGAGCUUGGUGUGGUAUUCUUCAAUGUGCCAGAGAAGCUCCGCAUGCCAGAAUCUAAUCUUAAAGUGAAACGCAGCAUCGAAGAGGCCUCGUUGACUUUGCAGUACCUUAACAAACUAGGAAUCAAGCCGGAGCCUCUCUGUCGAGUGGUCAGCAACACCAUUGAGCCCAUUACUCUGUUCCACAAGAUGGGAGUGGGCAGGUUGGACAUGUAUAUUCUCAACCCUGUCAAAGACAGUAAAGAGAUGCAAUUUUUAAUGCAGAAGUGGGCUGGCAACAGCAAGGCCAAGACUGGCAUUGUGCUGCCCAGUGGAAAAGAAGGUGAAAUCUCUGUGCCCUACCUGACAUCAGUUACAGCCUUAGUUGUCUGGCUUCCUGCCAACCCUGCAGAAAAGAUCGUCAGAGUGUUGUUCCCUGGGAAUGCACCACAAAACAAAAUCCUAGAGGGGCUAGAAAAAUUAAAGCACCUUGACUUCUUGCGCUAUCCUGUAGCCACACAGAAGGACAUUGCCUCAGGAGCUCCUCCCUCUGUUAUAAAACAAACCAAGCUAAAACAAAGAACAGAUAGCAAAGAGAGUCUCAAGUCAUCCCCCAAGACCACUGCAAAGGCCUCCAAAAAAGAAACUGAAGGACAAGAUGAUGUGUCUGCUGCCACAGAGGCAAAGAGUGACUCUGUGAAGGAAAAUAUAUCAGAGAAAAAAGAGGAGAAAAAGCCUGCAAAAACUACAAAAUCUAAAACUGAUGUGCCAGAAAAGAAAAAACUCUUGAAAGAAAAAUCCCUAAAAAAGCACCCCAAGGAAAGGGUUUCAAAAAUGGAUGAGAAAAAGGACAAGGAAAAGAAAGAAAUCAAGAAAGUAAAGAAAGAUGACUCAGUUAAAAAAGAUGAUAAAAAGGAUGUUAAGUCCAAAGAGGACAAAAAGAAGGACGCAUCCAAACCUGAGCUGAGAAAAAUCACAAAGCCUGACCUAAAACCACUUACACCAGAGGUAAGAAAGACAUUGCAUAAAGCUAAAGUUUCAAGUAAAGCCAAGACUGGAAAAAUCAAAGCAGCAAAGGUUGAAUCUGCUGAACCAAAAACAGAAGAAACAAAACCUGAAACUAUUCAACCUGAACCAAUAGAAAAUGGAGCUGUUGAGGGCAUAUCUGCUCCCUCAACUCCAGAAGACCUCACUAAGGAUUUUGAAGAACUGAAAAAAGCUGAAGUUGUAGCUGUAUCAGCAGAGCAACUAGACAGUAACAAGGUUUCAACAGAGCCGACAGCACAAAGCCUUACCCAAGAGACACAGGAAGCACAAGAAACUAUAUCUGAAAUUCCACCUGGCACAGAGAAGGAGGUCUCAGCUGCAGAAGCUGAAGUUGAAGACAAAGACAAGGAGUCGACACAAGAGAGAGAAAUGGAAGAAGCUCAAAAGUUUGAGGAUGAGGGAGCAGCAACUCAGGAUGAGGAAGAGGAGGAGGAGGAAGAAGUGGCCCCAGCAGCUGAAAAGAAAACAGACGAGGAGGAGGAAGAGGACAUGGGGAUAGGUGAAGAGGAAGAUGAAUCAAAAUGGAAGGAGGCAAAGGACGAUGGGCUUGACAGGAAACAUGAGAUAGAAGAAAUGGAGAAAUCAGAAAAUCUCUCAGCCGUGGUCGUGACACAAGAGGAGCUACGAAUGACUCCAUCCGAAGAAGAGGAGGAGGAGGCAGUGGAGAAGGCCGAACUGGAGGAGGUAGAAGAUUUAGAUGUAAUAGCUGAUGAAGAGAUCAAAGUCAAACCUGAAGAUGCAGUCGAAGAAAAAAUGGUCGAUGAAAGCAAAACCACUGAAAUUCUGACUGCGGCCAAAGACGAAGAAGAUGAAGAGGAGGAGGGCUACCUGUCACAUGUGGGAGGGGCCACAGCUCCCAUAACCUCAGUAGCUCAAGGAGCCACUGCAGCCGAACCCAUCUCCUAUAUCCACGACGAGACCAUUCCCGGCUACUCUGAGACAGAACAGACCAUCUCUGAUGAGGAGAUUCAUGAGGAGGCAGAGGAGAGGAUACCACACCUUCAGUACGAUGUGGGUGCCUACGACAUCUCUGUUCCAGAUCAGACUGAAUCAUUUGUGAACAUUCACGGCAUGAGGGAGAUGCAAGCUGCGGCUAUGACCGACAAAGGUUUUAUCCCAGGUGUGCAGGAGCAAGUAUCGGUGUUCACCAACAUCAUCACUGCUCCUCUGGCAGAGGAGGAGCAUGUGUCCUCUGCAACGUCCAUCACAGAGUAUGAAAAAAUGUCCUCUCUCCCUACUUCUAUUGCCGAAGACCAAUCAGUGACAUCUGUUGCAGCACCUGUGGCCGAGGAAUCACCCAAAUCUCCCGUUACCCUGUCAACCCCGCCAGAUGCUACCCAAGGUAAAGAGCAGCCACUGUCUGCAGGAACUCUUUCACCACCGUCUUUAGAAGAUGACAAAAAAUCCAAGUCUCCAUCGGAUGACCUACAGCUCCCUAUUGCAGAAGUGAAGGUGGGGGCUAAAGUUCCCGACGUUCAUGAUGAGGAGGAGGAGGAAGAGGAAGAAGAGGAAGAAGACCAAACUCCUAAUGUUGACAUUUCACUUGAAAAACUCCAAGAGGGCUAUGCUUCAUCCCAGUUAUUACAGGGUAAAGAGAAAGAUGUUGAAAAGAUUGCUGGCUCAGUGUCUCCAAUUUCAAAGUCUGUGCAGGACACCAAACCAGUCCACCUACCAGUUGAAGAGGAAAAUAUAGAUGCAGUUGCACCGAAAGAUGUGUCCUCUGUUGUACCCACAAGACCUCUUGGAUCAGACUCAGUAACUUCAGAGAGUGAAGAGCGCUGCUUUAGUCCAGAUGAUAUCACUGUGAAAAUGGCCUCCCCUCCACAGUCCGGACCGCCAAGUGCAGCUCACUCUCCACUUCGCCAGUCACCUGUGGAAGACAAGAUGAAGGACUUCCAUGAUUUGGAGCUGCAAAAACAAGACGAGCCCCUUCAUACAGUCACUGCAACUGAAGACAAAACUAAAAAGGCAGAUGAAGCCGAAGCAGUGACAAAAGAAGAUGUUGACAGACAGAAACCAGAUCAACAUGAAGUAGAUUCAACAUCUUUGGACAAAUCACUUGAGAAGGACAUAAAAGAGGUUACAGUGAUGGAGGAGCCAGAAAAAGACAUUUCACCAGUGCUGAAAGAUGAAGGCAAACAGGCAGAAAUAAUCCCUGUUGUUGUUGCUGCAGCUUUAACAGAAGUUCAGCCACCCGUGUUAGAGAGGGAUUCCCUUAUCUCAUCUGGACAGAGUGAUGAAGAUGUUGACAAAGGACUCAAAGAGAAGGAACCUAAAGUACCUGUUCCAGGUAAAUUUCCAGAGGAGAGCCGUUUCCUGGAUGACGAUGACAACAAGAAAGAUGAUGAUGAUGAUGAUCAUCAUGAUGACAAAUCUGCAGUUAAAACUGUCGAGGUGGAACAGGAGAAAGAAAAAGACGACACCUCUGAUGUCAUACAAAUCAAGGAUGAGCAGAAACAGAAAUCUGUCACCCACGAAGACGUUUCUGCCAUUAAGUCCAUCACGGUCGAGAAAGCAGAGAAAGAGCCAGUAAAGGAGGAUAUCUCUGAUAUUAAACCUGUCACAGAAGAGCUCAUUGCAGAGGGCAUUGUCACUGCUGAUAGGGCCAUUAAAGAUGAACAGAAAGAGCUUGAAAAAGACUACCCUCCUGAUGUCAAAACUACUAAAGAAUCAGACACAGAAAUUGUUACCUCUGAGGCCAAACAAAUCAAAGAUGAACAGAGGCAGAAAGAUACUAAACAAGAUGAUGAUUCUGACCUCAAAACCACAGGUGAGGUUAUUGAGACCAAGGUUAAAAAGGAUGAUGUGUCUGAGAGUAAGAUUUUGAAAGAGGAGGAGGAGGAGAAAGUGACAGAGAAGGAUGACACUUUUGAUAUUAGCUCUAUAAAGAGUGAAGAGAAAGAGAUUCAAAAGGCUCCUGCCACAGAUAUGAAACCUGUUAAAGAGGAGAUAGAGAAAGAGCCAAUUAUUAUGCCUACUAAAGAUGAGAAGGAAAAGGAGACAGACACUGAUAUCAAAGGGAUCGAAGAUAAGAAAGAAGAAAAAGAGAUAGAAAAGACAGUUCCUUCUGAUACCAAGCCCUUUACAGAUGACCAGAAGGAAAAGGAGAAAGACAUUGUGGCUAAACUCCCCGAGGAAGAAGAAAUGAUUAGUAAAGAUGACACAUCUGCUGUUACCAUGACAGAGGAAAAGGGGCAAGAGGUGUGUAAAGAUGCUAGCUUGACCGUCAGCCCCAUCAAGAUGGAUGAAAAGGAUGCAGUAGUGAGUAAAGAAGAGAUUCUUGCUACCAAGCCAACCACAGAACAAGAAAAAGAGAAGGAGACAAGUAAAGGCGAUAGUCUUUCCAAGGAACAGGAAAAGGAUAUUACAAGCAAGGAUGAUGCUUGCAUCUUCAAAUCUACUGCAGAAGAAGACAAGAAGGAAGACACCAGUAAAGAUGAUACUACUGCUAUAAAACUCACCAAGGCAGAGGAAAAAGAUAAACUGCCAAGUAAGGAAGAUACUUCUGCUGUGAAACCAACAGCUGGAGAGGACAAGGAGCAAACAGAACGUAAAGAAGAUACUGCUGCCAUUAAACUUAGCAAGAUGGAUGAAGAGCAUGUAGUGCUAUGUAAAGAUGUCGAUUUCUCUCCCACAUCCACUGAGGUAGAAGCAAAAGAAACACCUAAGGAUGAUGUCAAAUCAGUCAAGGAGGAAGAAAAAGUGCAAGAAACAGAUAAAUAUGACACAUCUGUUAUUAAACCUGUCAAGAUGGAGGAAGAGCAUGUAAUGGUCAGUAAAGAGAGUGAUUUCUCACCAACAUCAACCAAGACAGAAGAUAAACAGACACCUAAGGAUGAUGUCCAACCAGUCGUGGAAGAAGGAAAGAGGGAAGAAACAGAUAAAGAUGUCAGUUUUGUUGUUCAACCUACCAAGAUUGAGAUAAAGGAUGUAAUGGUGAGUGAAGGUAUUUCCACUGUCAAAACAUCUGAGGAGUUGAAGGACGACAUGUCUGCUUUUGAACCCAUCAUGCAAGAUGAAAAGGAGAAAGAAAUCAGUAAAGAUAUUUGUGCUGUCAAAUCAACGAUAGAAGAAGAAAAAGAGAAGGCGGUACAUAAGGAAGAAACAUUUGCUGUGAAGCCAUCCAAAGAGGAAGACCUAUCAGUUCAAGAUCCUUGUGUUGCUAUCAAACCCAUGAAGGAGGAAAAAGAUACAGUGACAAUUAAGGAUGAAAUUUCUAGUAUCAAACCUGUUGAGGAGGAAAGCAAAGACGCUGCUGGUGUAAAACCCUGUGCAGAUGACGAGGAGGAGAAGGUGGAGUUUAAAGCUGCCACAUCUGAUAUAAAACUCAUCAAGGAGGAGGCAAAAGAAAUCCUGAAGGAGGAGAUUUUUGAAGAAAAGAAGGUCAAAGAAGAAGAGAUGGAAAAAGAGAAAGAAAAGAGUGAUAUUACUGAUACAUUAUCCAUUAAGGACAGUGACAUAGAUGAGACUUAUGCCAAAACCACAAAAGAUGUUAAAGAGCUGGAAAAAAGUGACAUUUCUGACAAACAGAUAAAAAUGCAGGAGGUUAAAGAGGAGGAAAAGGGUGAUAUCUCCGACCACAAAACUAUUUUGGAUGAAAUGAAGGUCAAAGAAACUGAACAAGAUGAUGCUAAAAAGGAGGAAGAAACAGAUUCGAGUGUUGAGCAACCCAAAGACAUGAAAGAGAAGGAGCCACCUAAAGCUGAAACCAUUGAGGAGGAAAUCAAAGAUGUAGACAAACAGGGCAGCUGUGAAUCUAAAUCCAUCAAACAGGAGACAGAGACUCCAACAUUUAGCAUCAAAGAUGAGAAAAAAGGGAUAGAUGAUUAUCCUUUUGGGUCUGAAUCUAAGAAAGAUGAUAAAGGGGUAGAUAUUCCCAUUUCUCAGACCUUGGAGGAGGAGAAAACUAAAAAGGACGAUGAUGUUAGUGAUAAGCAUAUACAUGAAGAAACCUCUGAUAAGCUUACCGAAACUCAGAAAGUGGAGGAAACUUUUGGCACUACAUCAACAGAAAUACAACAAGCCAUUUCUGUAACUACAUCAAGUGGAGACCUGAAACCAGUGAAAGAUGACAUUUGUGUGUCUCCCUGUCAAAUCCCGGGGGAGAAGAAAGAACAAGAUAAAGAAGCAAAGGUCAUUAUCAGCCAAGAAGAGAAGAUGGAGAAAGAAAAAGAUGACACACACGUUGCUGAACUGAGCAAAGAGCAAAAAAUGGAAAAAGAACAAGAAAAAGAAUAUACCUAUGGGACUGAAGAUAUUAAAGAUGAAAAGGCAAAACCAGAAGACGAUGAAAAAGUUAUGAAAGAAAAAGAUUUCACUGACAUGAAGACAGAUGAGAUCACUGAGAAAGAAAAGUAUGACUCUUCUGAUGCAGACCAUACUAAAGAGGAGAAGUGGGAGCGAGAGGAAUUACAAGAGAAAGACCUGGACAAAGCUAUUAAACAACCUGCACAGACGCUAUUGGGAGAAGCAGCAAUGGCAUCCAAGUCAGACUACAAACCUGCAUUUGUGGUUCAGUCCUCCGAUGAAGACAGGGAAGAUGAAGAGGAGGAGGACAUUUGUAUGGGAGGAGCAGGCUCCAGACCUUUGUCAGUUGAGCCAAGAAAAUCAGAUCAUGACAUCUCUUCUGCAGGUCUGUCCUCAUCCCAAACACCUCAGACAAGUGACCAAACAAAACCGGCAAAAUCAGAACAGACCACCGUUAUUAUACCAACGCUUACAAUGCAGGAGCCCUCUAUUGAUGAAGACUUCAGUGAGUCUGGCAAAGAAGAAUCCAGGCUUUCACCUGAAGUAGACAAAGUUGGCGUGAAAACAGAAAUCACACCUGUGCCCCUUGCCAAACCAGAACCCUCCUUGGGUACUGUCACAUCAAAGGAGGAGACGACCUCUGUCCCAAAACAAGAAACAGCUUCUGAUAUCCCAGCAGCUAGAGCAGAACUGAUGUCCGACUCAAUUGAGAAGCCUGUGUUGUCAGCAGUGUCAAGCACUGACAGUCAGCCCAGGAGCUGUACGCUUUUGAGCACUGAGAGCCAGUCCAGUGUGGACGAAACUCCACAACAAGAGAAACAGAUACUGUCUCAGACAAGCUCAGGAAUCGGUGCUACAGAGGAGAAAAAGCUGCAUGAGAAACCUGGAAAGGAAGCAGAGAGGGAGAUGGAAGGAGAGCGAGAGGUGGCUUCUCCAGGAUUAUCCCAGCCUUGUUCGUAUUUUAUGCUGGACAGAGAUAUUGAGGAUGCAAGCCACACUGAAGAUGUAAAAUCAGAUGCUGCAAAAAUGGAGAGUGUUGAUAAAAUUACCUCAAAGAAGGAAAUGGUCAGUGGAAGUCUCGGAGAUGAAAAGCAAACCUUUGGUACGUCUAAGUACGAUCCGUAUGAAAAGCCCAUUCCAAAGGAUGAUGACUUGGACUCUAGAGAAGAAAGUGAGGUCUCACUAGGUUUUGAUCAUGGCUCUGAUAUGGGUAUUGAUGACAACAGAAGAACAAGCCAGACCGAAGCUGGAGGAGCCAUGUUCCUUCUGGAUGAUCAGUACAAAGAAGAGCCUCUGUCUUUUAGUAGAGUUGACUACAGCCCAGUGUCCCUCACAGAGAGUGAAAGGAGCAGCCACCACAGCCGAAGUGCCUCGCCUAAAUACGAAGACAGAGAGAAGGGCCAAGAGGAAGAGAGGGAGAGAGAAGAAAGACCAGAUACACCUUAUGUUGACAAAAGCUUUUCAUCGAUAGAAAUGCAAGAUAACAAAAUGUCCCAGGCCGCUGAGUCUUAUUCUUUCAGUCCCAAAGAGGACAAACCUGAGAAAUCAGAGAAAGAGAAAGAGGAUAUGAUAGAAGGUACUACAGCUGCCUUUCAAGCUGGUGUAACAGCAGAAAGUGAUAAGGUUUCUACCAGUGCAACUGCUCAAUCAGCAGGUCCAUCAUCAAGACAGGAAACACCCUCUCCAUCAUGGAGCCAAUCAGAUCUUGGUUCCCAAGUUUCAGCUACUUCUCUAACUUUUGGAGAAUUCACAGAAAAGAGAACAGAAAAAGAGAAAGAAAAAUCUUCUGAGUCAUUCAAAGAUAAAAUGGAGUCCUCUGAUCGUGAAAGGGAGGGAUCGCCAUCUGGUCGGCGUUCACCUGCAGAAAAAGACAUUUUACCUCAACAAGCAUCACCUUCAGAGAAACAAGAAACAUCAAGUGAUUCAAGGACUGCACUUGCUUCUGCCUCAUGUUUAGGACAUGAAAUAGAUGAUAAUGUUGUAGCAUUUGACAAUAGUCAAAUUAGCAGCUCUGCCACUUGUAAAUCCAUGUUGGACUUUCCUGAAGGGAAAGAGAGUCUGAUAGACAAAAGGCUACUUGUGGAGGGGGAGGAUUUCAAUGUUGACGAUGAUGAAGAUGAAGAUGAGGAUGAAGAAGAUGAAGAAGAAGAAGAGUUAAGUGAUAUAGAUAUGGAAAAGGGUGCCAGGGAACAGUCUGAAAAAGAAAUAUGCAGACGUAGCUCUGAUGAUAUUUCUACAUUAGCAGAGGUAGAGGACUCAAACAAAAAGUCUCAGUUGUCUGAAUCAAGCUUACUUAAAGACCAAACCGUCUGCAAACCAACACCUGAUGAUGCCUCAGCUACUGGAGUCACAGAGACAGACAAGGAGGAUAUGAGUAAAAAACCAUCAUCUCCCGAAACAACACCGUUAAAAGAAGAUGACACAGCUGGUGAUUCAGCCAAAUGCAAGCUUCCUGAGACGAGAAGUGAAGAUGCAGGUAAAACAACGCCAUCACCAGAUCCGAGUUCUCACAAAAUGGACGAUAGCUGUGUCAGUACAACAGAUGCCCCAGAAAGUCCUGAAACAAGGAAAGCUGAGGAUGCAGACAAAAAUAAUCUGCAUCCUGAACCAACCACAAAGAGAAGGUCAUCAGCAGAAGAUUUUACCUCCUCAGAAGUGCUAAAGUCAGUAAAAGGAGACGAAGAUAGAGCAUCUCCAUCGCCAAGCCUUUUGACAAAGGAGCCAUCUGAACCAGUGUCCACAAGCAGUUUGACAGGCAGCCUUUUGCCACAAGACCAUUCAGACUCCAUGUCCAGGACAACAUGUAGUCCCUCCCCUUCGUUAGGAGCCAGCUAUGCUGAUAUUGGACCAAGCAGAUCUGGAGGUUAUUCUGAGCAUUUUUACAGUGAGGAGAGUCAAGUGGGAUUGAAGGAGGAUAAGUCAGAAACCCUUGUGCUUUCAGAUGCCUCACAGCUAUCCAAGCUAAGCGAUGAUAAAUAUUAUAGCCAAAGAGACAGUAAGGAAGAAAGUGUGGAUGAGAAGCAAAGCCCAGAUACUACUGCAAAACAUGAGGAAACUUUGUCGUCAACCCGCACAUACACCACCUUAACAUACUCUUCUUCAAAGUUUUCUUCCACAUCGUAUAGUUACUCGUCCUCAGACUCAACCUCUGCCCUUUUGAGCCAACAUUUAGGAGGCAAAGUUCAAACUUCCACAACUCUGUCAAGCUCUGAAGUAACUCUAACCAAAGAUGAGCCAUCGUUGGCAACAGAGUCUACAAGCUCUUGCUUUGGAGGGUUUCAGAGAGAUGAAUACAUGGAGGUGACAACAAAACCUGCAACAAAACCCAGCCAGUUUGAUGAAACCAAAUCAUCAUCUCCAGUACCAUCUACCACUGCCAAGCCGACUGAGGAUCCAAGUGGUCCUACAAAGCCUGACGUGGACACAAAGUCAAGCAAGGAUAGUUUUUAUAUGCUUGAAACUAGGAUUACAGCGUCCCCAGCAGCACCACAAAGUCUACAAAGUAUGGAACCCAUAAAGGUGUCAGAGAGUUUAUCCACAUCAGAGGCUUGCUUUGAUGUCUCUCCUCUCCAAAGAGCUGACUCCUCUGAGAGGGUGUCCCAGGGGUCAGCAGAAGAUGAGGAGCCUGAAGUGGAGGACAGCACCCUACCAUGUCGUAUUGAAUGUCAAAAAAGCAAAGUGGCCGAGCAAAAAGAGACUUCAUCACCAAUAACUGAGCCAUAUGUGGUAGAAAGUACCAUACGCUCCACAGAGACAAAGACAGUCACCACCACCUCUUCUUCUGUUGUGUCCAAACCUGACGACUUGAUGGCAACAACUCAACAGACUGCCUCAGUUACUCCACUGAGUGACAGUGGAGCUAGCAAAACCACAUGUGCCACAAAAGACAUGCCCAAAACAGAGGAGGAUAAAGAGAAAAAGGAGAAAACACCAGAGGUAAAGGAGGACAAGACAGAUGGAACUUCUGCACCUCUGAAGGAAGAUACAAAAGUGCUGGAAAAAGAAACAAAAGAAACAGACGAAAAGACAGACACUGCUAAAGACAGUGGAGUCAAGCAGAAGAUGGAGGAUAAGACAUUGGAAGAACAGACAUGGAAAGGCAGUACAGAGGACAAAAAGGCAGAUCCAAAGAUGCAUGAAGAGGCUGAAGAUAGCAAGAAAGGAGAGGCAGAAAGAUUAGAGGAGAAAAACUUGCUGGAAAAACCAUCAGAGAGAUUAGAGGUCAGGAGGAAGAGCAGUAUAUCUGACUGGGAGCUACUACAGAGGCCUGACGACUGCCCUAGUGGCCCUCCUCCAGGUUAUGGUGAUGACGAUGAGGAUGAGGAAGCGAUGGAAGCAAUGGAAUGGAUGGAAAGUGUCCACCGUACUUCUGUGUCCUCUUCACAAGAAACCUAUCACACAGAAAUAUCUAGUAGAGGAACCGAAAAGGCUGAUCGUCCCUCUGACUUGAGCACAGGAGCCACUUCCUCCACUGCCUCCCACCCAGGUUACUCCUCAUGUGAAUAUACACAUCGCAAAGGAGAACUUUCUCCAUCGUUCAUCAACCCCAGCCCUCAUCAACUCUCGAGUGACGAGGGCGAGGAGGACGGCCACAGCGACCACAGCGACCACUCCCAGGAAGGGGACGAGGAUGAUCAGGAGCAACACUCCGUGAAAAGGAGGUCACACAAGCAGAAGCGCCACCAUACUUCAACUUACCAUGCAGAGUCUGGACAGGGGCCACACCAGCAGCCUGGCGCCCUGUCAUCUGGUUUGGCUGUAACACUAGCUGGAGAGGAAACACCGCCGACAUCAGUGAGCGAGUCAUUGCCUUCACAGUCUGACUCUGACGUCCCUCCAGAAACCGAGGAGUGUCCAUCCAUAACAGCUGAAGGCAAUCUGGACUCAGAUGAAGACGCUGAACAUCUGCCGGUGGACAAAUCAUCUGCGUCUGGAGCUGGGGUGGGUCACCAUCCUCCAUCGCCAAGGUCAGCUCAGAAGACUCAUGAUCCCCUCCCCACCCCGAUGAAGGACCCGCUUCCACACCCUCCCCACCCAGAUGUGUGCAUGGUAGAUCCAGAGGCUCUUCUCAAUGACCACAGUAGCACAGAGAAACUUCUUAAGAAAGAGCACAAGACAACCAAGGGCCUCAAGAAGGGUAAACCCAAGUCAGCCUCCCCCGCUCGUAAGGGGGAAGUCAGGAAGAGGUCCUCUACUCCAGUGAAGCAGACUUCCAAGGACUCUGCCUCUCCUCGAUCAGCCUCCCUCAGAAGGAAGGACACAGACAGAAGCUCCAGGCUGAUCAAGAUGUCUGAGACCCAUGGCUCCAGGAGUGAGCUCCUCAACCCGGGGAAAGGCUUGGUCAAUGGUGUGAAGAGCAGUUCAGGUAACAACUCCCAGAAGACAAGCUCGGCCGUCCCACCUGGACCACCUGUUUACGUCGAUCUGGCCUAUGUGCCCAACCACUGCAGUGCCAAGAACGUGGACCAGGAAUUCUUCAAGAGAGUGCGAGCUGCGUACUACGUGGUGAGCGGAAACGACCCGGGCAGCGGUGAGCCCAGCCGUGGAGUCCUGGACGCCCUGCUGGAGGGCAAAGCUCAGUGGGGCUCCAACUUACAGGUGACCCUGAUCCCGACCCACGACACAGAGGUGACCCGGGACUGGUACCAGCAGACCCACGAGAGGCAGCAGGACCUGAACAUCAUGGUUUUGGCCUCCAGCAGCACCGUAGUCAUGCAGGACGAGUCUUUUCCUGCCUGCAAGAUUGAGUUCUGAGCUUCUUGAGCCAAGCUGUGCCCCCCACCCCCACACCUCCCCGUCCUCCUCCCAUCCCCCUCCCAUCCCAUCCUCCCCCUCCCUGUCAUCUCACUGAAGGUGGAGCGAGAGCGAACACCACUCUACGCUUCUUCAAAAGCUUCUCGCUCUCUCAUGGUACCAGUCUCAAACGCAUUCGCUGCAGCCCUCAAUACGCUAGAUUCUGUUAGUUGAAAUCAAAGUCGACGCUCUGGGUUUUCACCCUCCGAGUGACAGUGGGGUUAUCAUGCAAAUAAUAACGACGUACUUUUAUGUUUGUUUUCUCCUGUGAGUCAUCCGUCUGCCCGAGCACACCUCCUAUCCUAGCACUAACAGCUGUGAUUAAAAAUUCAAAUACUCCUCAGUAACAUAAUCACACUGAGCAGCUCUAUUUGCCUCAUAUCUAACGAACAAAUGGACAUCAUUACCCUCACAAUUAAACUGCAGUUCAGACAGAUUUAAUUCUUACACCGUUAACUCAAAUCACAAUUAACUUGAACAUUUAAUGUGUUUAGUGGCAAUUUUCUCAUCCGAACGGCCAAAACAAGUGCCAAAACACUAUGAAAACGGAAAUUGUGAUUUGUCCAAACUGAUCAGGUCUCGAUAAUUUGUUCAGACUGUACUGAAAUUUUUAGGUUUCUCAAGUCAAAGCUUUCUUUUCCAUCUGCGCGCGCCAUGACGAAACUCAUCCCUCGCACUUCUGCUCACGGCUACAGUAGUUUUUGGAUUAACUGAAUAAUGACAUUUGAUGUUACGUGAAAAAGAAAACAAACAAACAAAAAAACGUUCCUUCUUGUCAUUUGUGGUUAGGUUUUAAGAGGCGCCUGAAGUUGACACUGUUUCGGCUUUCACAGCUUUGCUGGUGCAUGAUGCUUGCGUCUAGCUUGGACUCUUUCAGAACUGCAUAGGGUUAAUCGUUUCUUUAGCCAGCCUUCAAGUGUGGAAUGCAGUAUAAUGUAGAUAGGUUACUACACUGUUUGGCUGUCUAUGCUCAAGUGAAUUCAAUAGGCGCCAGGCAGCGGAACGAUGUUGUACACUAAUCAUAUCUCUGCUGGAUGUAAUGGUUCCUCUUUAAGUCUUUAUCAUGGUCUUUGUUGGUUGUACGUACUCCAGUAUACACAUAGGGUAAAUGUUUCUAUACCAGUACAGAGGUUAUGUUAACAAAAAAAAAAAAAAGAAAAACAACAAACAAUAUAUUUUAUCAUGAUUGCCGCAAAUUACGAUCUGGUGGUGAAUGCAGCAUUUUUUGAUCGCGCGUUUAAGAAAGGUUUAAUCAACGUUUCCGUCAUUCCCGCCUGUUCAGAUACAUUUUACUGUCUCUGUCAACAUCACAAAGCGAUGGACAAAAAAAACAAAA